UGGUUGCUGUAGCAACAAAAAGAAACGUAAACGGAGUUUUAACUUUCUAGCUAUUUGUGUUCAUCUCUGUUUAGAAGUUUAUAAUCUGAAUUAAAAUUUUUUAAAGAGUCAAAUUAAAAAGAUAAAACUAGAAUGGCACCCAAAGCAAAAUCUGUGAAGCCACCAGGCUCCACGAUUGGAGCAAAACCAAGCAAAAUGAAAGGGAGACCAAAGAUCAGAGAUGAUGAUGACAUGACAGAAAUUGGUGACCUCGGUGAUGACUCGUAUGUUCACGGAAAAACUCUUGUGAAACCAGAUGAUCAACUUGACCUAACAGAAGUUGAAUUGAAAGAGGAAUUCACAAGAAUAUUAACAGCAAAUAAUCCCCACGCACCUCAGAAUAUUGUUCGAUUUAACUUCAAGGAACGAACAUACAAACAAACUUCCAGUGUUGAACAAAUAGCAAUUCACUUUGCGUUGGACGGUAACAUGUUGCAUAAAGAUAGUGAUGAAGCAAGAAGGCAAAGAGCAAAAGCUGGGAUGGGAGAGAGUAAAAGUGAAGCUGCUCUAAGUGAGGCAGGAGAGGAGGAAGGAGGAGAAGGGGAAGAUGGAGAGAAAGAAGAAGUAGUAGAAGCUCCUCCUCCAAAGAAGGAGUCUUUAAGGAAUCAAUUCAACUUUAGUGAACGUGCAUCUCAAACAUUCAACAAUCCAUACAGGGAACGAGGUACAGCUACUGAACCACCACCAAGAGCCAACUUUUCAUCAACUGCAAAUCAAUGGGAGAUAUACGAUGCAUAUUAUGAAGACUUACAAAAACAAGAAAAAGCAAAAGACAAAACAAAGCAGAUACCAACGUACAGGAAAGAGGAUGACAAGACGAAGAAGAAGUUAGUUGCUAUGGAAACUGCAUCAGAUGAUAUUUCUAGAGUGACAAGAGCAGCAAAGAUUGUUGAGAGAAUGGUAAAUCAAAACACAUUCGAUGACAUUGCGCAAGACUUCAGUUAUUUUGAGGAUGCAUCGGAUGAGUUUCGAGAUCAGGAAGGAACUUUACUUCCACUGUGGAAGUUUAGUUUUGACAAAGCAAAGAGAUUGGCUGUUACUUCUAUAUGCUGGAAUCCGAAAUAUGUUGACAUGUUUGUUGUCGGGCAUGGGUCCUAUGAUUUCACAAAGCAAGGACGUGGAAUGCUGCUUUUCUACACUUUGAAAAACCCCUCACACCCAGAGUAUAUUUAUUCAACUGAAAGUGGGGUCAUGUGUCUUGACAUUCAUCCAAUUUAUCAGUAUCUUGUGUGUGUUGGUUUCUAUGAUGGCAGUGUGGGUGUGUUCAACACACAAGAGAAACGACCAGGACCUGUUUAUAAGAGCACAGCCAAAAGUGGAAAACAUACAGAUCCAGUGUGGCAGGUGAAAUGGCAAAAAGAUGAUCUAGAUAACAACCUUAACCUAUAUUCUGUGUCUUCUGAUGGAAGAGUUGUAUCAUGGACUCUUGUGAAGGAUGAGCUGAUCUAUGCUGAUGUCAUUAAACUAACAGUGGAUGAUUUACCAACAGAAGGACCAGAUGGUACACAACUUCAACUCCUAGGUUGUGGAACUUCAUUUGAUUUCCACAAAAAAAUUGAUUAUCUAUUCCUGGUCGGGACGGAAGAAGGAAAAAUUCACAAAUGUUCGAAAGCAUAUUCAAGUCAAUUCCUUGACACAAUAGAUGCUCACCAUAUGGCUGUGGAUGCUGUGAGGUGGAAUCCAUUCCAUCCUGAUAUCUUUAUAUCAUGCUCAGCAGAUUGGACAGUCAAGAUAUGGGACCACAACUAUGGCAACCAAGCAAUGUUUACAUUCGAUUUGAACAGCGCAGUUGGGGAUGUAGCAUGGGCACCUUUCUCAUCAACUGUGUUUGCUGCAGUAACUGCUGAUGGCAAGGUUCAUGUUUUUGACUUAAACAUCAACAAAUAUGAAGCUUUAUGUGAGCAAUCAGUUGUACAGAAGAAGAAAACCAAACUUACUCACAUUGAGUUCAACCCUCGACACAUGAUUAUUUGUGUGGGUGAUGAAAGGGGUUACGUCACAAGUCUUAAGCUCUCUCCCAACUUAAGAAAAGUUCCAAAGAAAAAGAAGGGAGAAGAAAAUGUUGGUAUUGACCAUGAGAUUGAAAUCGCAAAACUUGACAAAAUUUUGAGCUUGGUGCGAGAACCAGACAACAAAGAAAAGAAAUAAGUAGCACAAGUCAUUACAUACGCUGUGGUUUUGACCACAAAUGCAUAUUUUAUUAAAAUACAAAUGAGAAGCAAGAGUAUUGUGUAUAUGAUCGAAUAGGAAAAUACUUUUGAGAAUCAGCACUCUGUUGAAGUUCUAUGGGUUUUUGAACA